AUGAAAUACUUUAUCGCCCACGCGCUCUUCGCUUCCAUGGCUUCGCCCAGCAUUAUCCCGCCCCCGGUCAUCGUCAUCGACAACCCUGAGAUCCAAGAGAUCGUGGCUGCUAUCCAGAGUCCCAGUGCUACUGUUGCCGUUCUCGAACAGAUGCUACUAGAUAUCCUUGGACUAAACCAACCCGAGCCCAUUGAGGUUGGACCUGCCAUCGUUGACAACCCUGAGCCUAUUUCAAUCGAACCCACUAUCAUCGAUUUCCCCUUGUCCGACGGAGGUGCUGUGACUGAGGCACACCCCGCCCCCAUGAUGCCUGCUUCCGUUGCGCCCUCUGCGGGUGCUCCUCUUGUUCAAAUCAUCCUGAACAUCAAGUCUACUUCUGACGUUGCUGUUUCUCCUGUUGCUAUUGAAACUAUCCCAUCCCCUUCCCGAGUCACCCAACCCCGUUCAUGUGGUUAA